AUUCUUAACAUACAUUAAUUUACAUCACUGUAGAGAAGAUCCUCUUGUUGGCGCGAUGGCAGCAGCUCAACUCAAUGAUGAGUCGACGGAACCUGAAACCUACCUCGACGGCUAUGAUGAAGUGAUUCGAACUCUUCCAAGGAAAAAAGGUUGGUGGAGUGAUCUCCAACAGUAUAAAGGCUUUAGGCUAAGAUCUCCGGCUGUCGUUAAAGGUCUCAUGUUUAUCGAACAACACUUCAAGUCUCAGCCUGAAGAUAUCAUAUUAGCAAGCUAUCCGAAAUGCGGUACUACCUGGCUUAAAUCUUUGCUUUUCGCUACUAUUAAUCGACACGUUUUUAGUUCUUCUGAACACCCUUUGCUCUCCUCUAACCCUCACCAUCUUUUCGUUCUAUUGGAGUUCAUCCUAGAUGAAAACGAUGAAUUACAAGAGACUAUUGAUCUUGACUCUAUGCCGUCGCCUCGCCUUUUCGCUACGCACAUCCCUUAUACUCUGUUACCGGACUCUAUGACGGGUUCUGGGUGCAAAGUUGUUUACAUAUGUCGCGACCCGAAAGAUGUUUUUGUCUCAAAAUGGCACUUUGCUCAGAAGAUAAGGCCUAAAGAGAUGCCACCUCUUCCAUUUCGAGAAGCUUUUGAGAUGUUCUGUAAUGGAGUUUCGCACUUCGGACCGUUUUGGGAGCAUGUGUUGAGUUAUUGGAAAGCUAGCUUAGAAGCACCCGAUAAGGUACUGUUCUUGAAAUAUGAAGAACUAAAAAGAGAGCAUGUGGUUCAAGUUAUGAGAUUGGCUGAGUUUUUGGACAAGCCCUUUGCAGUGGAAGAGCAUAGUGUUGUGGAAGAAAUUAUAAAGUCAUGCAGUCUGAAGAAUCUGCGAAAUUUAGAGGCGAACGAAGGCAAAAAGUUCGAUCCAACGGCUAAAUAUCCGGAUUUCUUCAGGAAAGGUGAAGUUGGAGACUGGAGAAAUCACUUGACACCUGAAAUGGCAGAGAAAAUUGAUGGUAUUACAAUUGAGAAGCUGCAUGGCUCUGGUUUAACCUUUGCUCCUUCAUCAGUAACCGAGAAUAUUAUUGCAGCCGUCUGAUCCGGUUUCUAUGCUCUACCUCACUAUCAAUGUAUCAUUAAAAUAGAUUUUUUAUGUACUGUUUUCUCCUGUAAACCGUUGCAUUUUACUUUUCAGCUUGCUAUUAUGGUUGUUGCUUCUAUUUUAAUCAGCAAUUUCAAAGCAUUGUUAUCUAUCAAAAGAGCUAUUUUUUUGUU